AUGCGUCAAAUUUUCAGCUUGUUGUUGCUUCUUACAGCAGCCAUAGUCAGUGCAGACGAAAUAUUUGUCAGCCCAGGUCCAUCAGUCUCUCAGAACAAUCCGACAACUGGAAAUGCUAUUCACCCUUUACGCUCAAGAUUUCAUGUUGCCUGGGAGGGAACGAAUCUUACAAGAUCCAUAUCCGUGGUUUUGUUCCAGUACCACGGGAAGGAGCUAAUAUAUCCAUUUGAAUAUGUCGUGCAAUCAACGGACUGGACUGUCAGUACAGACAAAAACCUCUCAUUCUCGCAUCUGUUCCUCUUCAAUCUCUUCUACGACGGAGAGAUCAACCCUGUUGCCGUUAGCGAGACCUUCAACAUUACAGACACGAGCUCAACUUCCACCACUAGUUCGACGAGUUCCACAAGCAGUUCCACUUCUGCGGCUAGCACUAGGAUGAGUUCCACGACAUCAAGCACAGACGGAUUCACGACAGCCACGUCAAGCACAGGGCCGGCUUCAGACAGGAAUGAAAACGGCGGGCUGACCACUGGCGCGAAGAUUGGUAUCGGCGUCGCCGUUCCUGCAGUUGCUCUGCUUGGAGUCGUCGCAGGCUGGUUCCUCUUCAGACAUCGAGCGAAGAAGCAACUUACCCAACAACAACAACUACAACAGCAGCAGCAGCAGGCGCAGUAUCAACAGCAGCAAUACCAAGCCCCAAUGUAUCACACUCAGGCGCCCGAUUACCAGAAAUCUAUGGAGGGCCAUAUACCGGGACAACUGUCCGAGUUGAACGCCGCGCCGCCUGCGACGCCGCAAGAACUAUACGGUGGUUCGGCGAGUCACUGA